GCGCGGCUUCCAUGCUCUAAACUCCAGCUGAGGUCUAUUUCCACCACCGGAUUCGGCGGGAUUUAUCAACAGCGCGUCCGCGGUAACGUGAAGUUAUGAACAGCCGCCUGCAGGAGAUCAGAGCCCGGCAGAAGCUCCGCAGGAAGCUGCUAGCCCAGCAGCUAGGAGCAGAAAGCGCUGACAGUAUCGGAGCCAUACUAAACAGCAAAGAUGAGCAGAGGGAAAUAGAAGAAACUAGAGAAACCUGCCGUGCGUCUUAUGACACAGCAGCUUCAAAUUCAAAGCGAAAAGUACCCGAAGAAGGAGAACCAAAUGAAGAGGUGGUUGAAGAAUGCAAGGAUAAAGUAGAACCACAGAAGGAAGAGGAAAACUUGCCUUAUAAAGAGGAAAUCUACAAAGACUCAAGCACCUUUCUAAAGGGAACCCAAAGCCUGAAUCCUCAUAAUGAUUACUGCCAGCAUUUUGUUGAUACAGGACACAGACCGCAGAAUUUCAUCAGAGACGUUGGUCUAGCAGACCGUUUUGAAGAAUACCCUAAACUCAGGGAGCUGAUCAGACUAAAGGAUGAGUUAAUCUGUCAGUCCAAUACUCCACCCAUGUAUUUACAAGCAGACUUGGAAACCUUUGACCUCAGAGAGUUGAAGAGUGAAUUUGAUGUAAUCCUUCUGGAGCCUCCAUUAGAGGAAUAUUACAGAGAGACUGGUAUUGCAGCUAAUGAAAAGUGGUGGACCUGGGAAGAUAUAAUGAAAUUAGAUAUAGAAGGCAUUGCUGGCUCUAGGGCUUUUGUGUUUCUUUGGUGUGGUUCUGGAGAAGGUCUGGAUUUUGGCAGAAUGUGUUUGCGUAAAUGGGGUUUUAGACGAUCAGAAGACAUAUGUUGGAUUAAGACCAAUAAAGACAAUCCUGGCAAAACCAAGACUCUGGACCCAAAAGCAAUCUUUCAGAGGACAAAGGAGCACUGCCUUAUGGGCAUAAGAGGAACAGUGCAUCGCAGCACAGAUGGAGAUUUCAUCCAUGCAAAUGUUGACAUUGACCUCAUCAUCACAGAAGAGCCAGAGAUAGGCAAUAUUGAGAAGCCUGUUGAGAUCUUUCACAUCAUUGAACAUUUCUGUCUUGGAAGGAGACGUUUGCACCUCUUUGGACGGGAUAGCACUAUUCGACCUGGUUGGUUGACUGUGGGACCUACACUUACAAAUAGCAACUUUAUUUCGGAGACUUAUGCAUCCUAUUUUAAUGCACCGAACACCCCUCUUACUGGCUGCACUGAGGAGAUUGAAAGGCUCCGUCCCAAAACACCCCCUCCUAAAUCAGAUCGUGGCUUCGGAGCACCCAGGGGAGGUGGUCGAGGUGGACCAUCAGCAGGCCGUGGAGAAAGAGGCAGGGAGAGAAACAGAGGAAGCUUUAGGGGAGAUAGAGGAAAUUUCCGAGGACGUGGCGGACUGCACAGGGGUGGGUUUACCCCUCGCUGAUUCAUUCCAAGUAGACUAUUCUCAUUUUUUUAUUUAGAUCAGUAACUCUUUUAAAAAAACAUGAAAAAUACAUGUAGAAUGUGAAUUCAUUGUGGAA